AUGUUUCAAGCCGAGUUUGAUUCGAACGCAAUGACGGUCGAAAACAUGAUUGAACGAAGCUGCGACGAACGCGAUAUCGACUGGGAUUUGCUUGACCCUUCGCGCCUCACGCAAGUCUUCAUCAACCUCAUCACAAAUGCGAUCAAAUUCACCAAACGCGAAUCCCGACGUCAGAUCACGAUCAGACAGUCAGCGUUUACUGGAGAUCGCCCGGAUAUGAACGGAAUUGUCUGGUUCCCGUCUAAGAAAGUGAACCUAGACAUUACUAACGGGCCGGGAUGGGGUGACGGUGCCCAGGUCUACCUUCUCUUUUCCGUAUCGGACACAGGGAAAGGCCUCCAGCAGGAGGAAAUGAUGCGUCUAUUCAACCGAUUCCAGCAAGCCACCAAAAAGACGCACAUCAAAUAUGGGGGCUCAGGUCUUGGCCUGUUUAUGUCGCGACAACUGACGGAGACUAUGGGCGGUGAAAUUGCUCACGCCCCACCAUCUGAACCGCUUGACAAAAUCAGCUGGAUAUCUAGGCAGUUGAGCAAUACGCCCGUCGCCCCGCCCCGACUCUCAGUGCUGCUGGUAGAGGACAACAUCAUCAAUGCUCAGGUUCUGACAGUGUGGCAUCAGCCCGCUGUGGACUCGCCGCUUAUCGAGCUUGAUUGGAUCCUUAUGGAUGUCGAGAUGCCUUUACUGGACGGACUGGCAUGUACACGGAGAAUCCGCGCCCUUGAGCGUGACGGAUCAUUGCUGAAGCGUGUCAACAUCAUCGCAAUUACUGCCAAUGCGCGUGAGGAGCAGAUAUAUGAUGCUUUUGCUGCCGGAGUGGAUGGGAUCUUGCCCAAACCUUUCAGGGUGAUAGAAAUGCUCUCCAAGAUGGAAGAACUCAUGCCACAGAAACUUGCCGCUUCUUGA